AUGCGUACAAGGGGGGCAAUAAGACACCAUUUUGGGUACACAAACGAUGCGAGAAAAUAUUUGUUUUUUGUUAUCAGAAAUUCAUCAGAUCGGUUUAACCAGGGAUCAGAUUAGUCCCGAGGUUCUCUUUAAUUUAUUUUGAAGGAAUUUUAAUUUAACCAAUUUGUUUAUUUUCCAAAGGUAACGUAGUCUUGAAUAUAAAGUCAGGACUGUUGCGAAUGGACGGAGAAGACGACGAAUUCUUUUCCGGAAAUCACUCUGACGAUGGCGGUGGUACCCCUGUACAAGACGAACACGCACCGGCAUCCGAUGGAGAAGAGGAUGCUAGAAGUGACGCACAGCAAUCCGAGGAGGGGAUGAGUGAUGGUGAAGGAGAAGCUCGAGCAAGGCAGGCCAAUGGCAUUGGAAGCGCUUCAGAGAAUGAAGACGGCAGAGGUCCUGGAGACAGCGACUCUGAAAAAGAAGUUGGGCACGAUAGCGACUCUGAGCCGGAGGCUCCCAAGCCCGCCGACAGCGACUCUGAGCCGGAGCCUCCGAAACACGUGGACAGCGACUCAGAGCCGGAGGCCCCAAAACCCGCGGACAGCGACUCUGAAACCGAGGCUCCCAAACGCGCCGACAGCGACUCUGAACCGGAGGCUCCCAAACCGGCCAACAGCGACUCUGAACCGGAGGCUCCCAAGCCCGCCGAUAGCGAUGCUGAAGAGGAGGCCGUGCCCAAGCAGGGAGGAAGUGCCUCUGAGAACGAGGAGCUGGCCAAACCUCUCAGAGGACACUCCGACGGGGGCAGUGACUCUGAAAACGAGGCGCCUAAACACAGGCAGAUAGAUUCGGACGACGACGAGGGGGAGCAGGGGAAAGGCCAGGGAAGCUGGAAGGGGGUGAUGCACUCUGACAGCGAGGAGGAGGAGGGAGGCCCGGCACGGGCAGCCGGCAGUGACCAAGAGCAGGAGGGUGGGAAACGGCAGCAGCUGGAGGACAGCGACGAUGAUGAGGAGAAACCAGUUAAGAGAAAGAAAGCUAUUCUCUCGGACAGUGAGGACGAGGAUGAAAAAGAUGACACACCAGUGAAAAAGAAAAGUCGUGCUUUGUUGGAUGCAGAAAACUCAGACAGCGAUGCUGCUUCUGAUUCUCCUGAUAAAUCGAUGGCCGCUAAACUACGAGAGCUGGGCUCAGACAGCGAGGAAGAGGAGGAUAGGAGUAAGGGCGAUGUGGGGAAGAAGGAUGAGAAGAACCUCUUUGGCAGUGACAGUGACUCUGACGAUGAGGAGAAAAUGAUUGCUGAUAUCUUUGGGGAGUCGGGUGAUGAGGAGGAGGAGGAGUUCACGGGUUUCAAUCAAGAAGACCUGGAGGGUGACAGGAACCAAUCAGAGUCCUCUGCCAAGAAGCAAGUAGCAGAGGAGUCCGACUCCGAUGAUGACAUCGACAGGGGUGGAAAAGACACCAGCUUCAUGUCCGACUUCGACGUGAUGCUGGCGCGAAAGAAGGCCCAGGGCGGCAGGCGGCGGCGAAACCGCGACGGCGGGACCUUCAUCAGCGACGCGGACGACGUGGUCAGCGCCAUGAUCACCAAGAUGACCGAGGCCGCUGAGGAGGACAGAACCCUGAACAGCCAGAAGAAGCCCGCCCUGAAAAAACUGACUCUGUUGCCCACUGUGGUGAUGCACCUGAAGAAGCAGGACCUAAAAGACACGUUCAUAGACAGCGGUGUGAUGACGGCCAUUAAAGAGUGGAUAAGCCCGUUGCCAGACAAGAGCCUUCCGGCACUCAAGAUCAGGGAGGAACUCCUGAGGAUUCUACAGGAACUCCCCAGUGUGAGUCAAGAGACUCUGAAGCACAGCGGCAUCGGGCGAGCCGUCAUGUUCCUGUACAAACACCCCAAAGAGUCCCGUCCCAACAAAGACGUCGCCCUCAAACUCAUCAACGAAUGGUCGCGACCCAUCUUCGGCUUGACCUCCAACUACAAGGGCAUGACCCGGGAGGAGCGGCAGCAGAGAGACCUGGACCAGCAAGUGCCCCCCCGCCGCCGCCUCAGUGAGCAGCCCAAGGUGGAGAGGUCUGAGGAGCCCGACGUCUUCUCCCCUCCCACCAGGUUUAGUGGUACUGCAUGGCACCUGCCCCAUCGGCCUGAGUGACACGCUUCAGUGCGUCAGACGCCCCGGUUCCUCACUCACUCCGCCUUCCCACAGCGGCCGUGCCAGUUCUCCCUCGCUCCCUCUCUCCCUCGUUCUCUCUCACUCUCCCUCCCUCUCGCUCUCUCUCUCUCCCCCUCCCUCUCACUCUCUUGCUCUCUCACUCUCUCUUGCUCUCUCACUAUCGCUUGUUCUCUCUCACUCACUCUUUCUUGCUCUCAAUCUCUCUCGCUUGCUCUCUGUCCCUCUCUCUCGCUCUUGCUCACUCUCUCUCACUUGCUCUCUGUCCCUCUCUCACUCUCUCUGUCUUUCCUCUCCUCUCUCCAGUUUCCCCUCAGUCUGACUCCCUUUGCUUUUCCAGUCGUCCUUUCCUCAGUGUGUUUCAGGGUGGUUAGUGUCAGUUACAGUGUGGUGCAUCACAGUGCAUCUGAGUUCUCAAGCCCUGUGUACAUUGUCAGGAGAUACAAUGCUUUGGUUUGUCAAAUGAGCACAUUUCUGUGAAGGGGAGGAUGAAUUUUACCUGUCAUCAGGCAGUUUCCAUCAGCCUCCCCUCUUUCUACUCCCUGACCUUUAACCCUUUGUGUAUUUUGUGUCCUGGGUAUGGCAUCCUCAAGGCAUGACUACAGUCUCACAGUGUGUCCGAGGAAUUUCGGAGUUGGGGUGGUGGGGUUGUACGGGACACAUGUCCAAUAUGUUUGGCAAAAGAAAAUAAUUUUUUUAUUAAAUUUUUUUUCGAACUCUUUGGGGUAAGUGUUUAAGCGCUUGUGU